AUGCAUCUACUUAGCAAAACUGCUGUCCUCCUCCUGGCUCUGAGCGUCAGCGCCAGACCCAUCGAGGAGGCUCGCGCCGAGACAACAACGGCGCCCGCCGGUUAUGGAGACUAUAAGGACUAUGGCUCCUACGGCAAGUACGGUGACUACGGCCAUUACAGGCGCGGCGAGGAACCCACCACUACAUGCACAAGCACCGAAACAGAAACUCCUGUUCCAGGAUACAACAACUACGGUGAUUACGGAAACUAUGGCAAAUAUGGGGACUACGGUCACUACAAGCGUGACGAAGCGCCCACCACCACUACCACCACCACCGAGACUACGACUCCUACUCCCACUCCCGGCGGCUAUGGUGACUAUGGAGACUACGGAAACUACGGCAAGUAUGGGGACUAUGGUCACUACAAGCGCGACGAUGAGCCCACCACCACUACUACCACCACCACCACCACCCCCACCGAGACCUCCACUCCCACUCCCGGCGGCUAUGGUGACUAUGGUGACUAUGGUGACUACGGCAACUAUGGCAAUUACGGCACCUACGAGCACUACUAG